CUUGAAUAAAUUAUAUAAGGUGUUAGUAUUAUAAAGGAGGUACUAGACAGCACUGCCAGUCAUCUUUAUGCAGAGCGAACUUUACCAGCACUAUUUCACAAAUAAAUGAGUCAUCGAAAGAAACAGCACACAUAAAAUAUGCAAACAGACCCACAAUGAUAAAGUCUUGAUAUUUAAACGUCAUUCUGCUUCAAUCAGUUGAAGUUGAAGCUUAAAAUUGCGGACCAUCGGUAAUCGAUUUCGCAGGCGGUGAUUGGAGCAUAACCUAUCGAACCUGCUUUGUUUCCUGUAUGCCGCACCUUUGUAGGCAAGCAUAGGCCAAACCAAAGAGAAAGGCCUACCAUCCCAAACAAGUACACCUUAGUUUAGGAAAUAUGGCUCGGUGGUAUUCGUUGAUUUAUUUCUUUAUAAUUCUACAGUCAAUUUAUGCUCAAGAGAACAAGAUAUGGGUACUGACUGGUGAUUCGGUCACUUUCACUGUUCCGGAUGUCGAUGAAACGUCUAUCAAUGGACUUGUAUGGGAGAAAGAUCGUAAUGAAAUUUACGAAUGGGCCAAUCAGGACGUACGCAAUCUGACAAACGUUACCGUUGAAGAUUCUGGGAAUUAUGAAUGUUACUAUUCCAAUCCUGAAUCGAGCGAGGCAGACUUACAACUUUUGAAAAGGUUCAGUCUGGAUGUUAUCGAGCGUAAACUCGAUGUGAUCAUAUUUGCGGGCCUAGAGGUAAAUGAGAAUCAGUUUGGAAACGCAAAAUGUGUGAUACAGGGAGACCCGCUACCGAACACCGACCAAGUCUGGCUGCAAACCCCAGACGGUGGCCGGACAAAGCCAACUGAUUAUGUAGUACACGCAGCUAACUUUACGGUUGAGAUGGAGUUCACAGAAAUAAAUGUAUGGAAUAAAAAGAAAUAUACUUGUAGCGUUGGCACGGACAGCACGAGUGUGAAUCAAUCCAUCUAUGGACAGGUCUACAAGACUCCACGACUUCAUUUGCCACCAAAUGUUGUAGUCACCAACGACAGUCUAACAGUGUCUUGGAAAGCGUGGCCAGAUACUGAUAUUGGCGAAAUUGGCGACGGACCAAUAGUCAAAUACAGUGUACUGUAUAACUGCACAAAUUCUAGCUCAAAGUACAUUGGGGCCGGCGUUGAUGGAUCUACUACCUCAAUGGAUGUGUUUAUUUCCGAAUUAUCCAUAAAAAGAGGGUAUUUGUGCACCUUCUUUGCGAUCCCAUCACGCCCGGGAAAUGGUGGAGAAGGACCCUUCAUGACUGGCGCUGCCAAGACUGUGUACAUACCGUGUCUAAAACCACACAGUUCACCAACCGACGUACGUGUGACCCUAAACGGAACUGACACAAUUCAAGUUGACUGGGAGGGUAUUUCAAACAACGACUGGCACUGCGAAGCAACAAAAUCGUACCUUGUGAUGUAUCACAUAAUCUCUUCUCCGACUGACAGUUUUAGUCAAGAAGUGGACAAUCACCAUUCCACCGCUGAACUGAAAGUCGAUAAUGGAUGUGCAACUUACGUAAUCAGUGUAGCGGCGAAAAAUCAAGAUAUGACAGGGGUUAGCUCAACAGCCGUUAAUGUGUCAACUACGGACUCAUGUAUUCGUAUUUCCGUAGUUGCAGUAUCUGACAAACAUGUUACGAUUGCUUUGAAAACGCCAAAUACCACAGUAGAUUUGGUCAAUAGCUACAAGGUGACCUACCAGUGUUUGUACCGACUGUACGAAAGAGCACCAAGCCACAACACAACUAUCAAAACCUCUAUAUUUCAAGCAGACACGAAUAUGUUCACCGUCACAGGUCUUCAGUCCGCUUGCCAUUAUAACUUUACCAUCGAGCGCAUCUCCAAAUCGUCAUUAGUGACGUCAGACACAUUUUCCGAGGACACACUGCCCCCACCAGCUCUCGGAAAGCCCAAAUUGAUUGUCCUAAACAAAACAGCAACAACGAUCACCGUGAAAUUCAAACCACUCGACAAUUACCCGUACAUAAGAAAUUACUCGUUGCUUAUAAUGGAAAGCUCCCAUUCGAUUGAAAACGCAUGGAACUUAACUUUUGAAAGUAAAACCAUUGGUGCAACAGCGUAUACCACGGCACAGUUUCCGCCUGACGUCGGUAAUAUCUAUUUCACGAUUGGCACAAGUGAUGUUGAAGACGAUCUUUAUAACGCACCAUUGGAUCCUAAGAAAUCAUAUUAUGUUAGUUUAGCACCAAUCGACUACAAGAAUAAGGUUAAUUUCGAUUUGGUUGAAUGGCAGAAUGGGACAAUUAGCUCUGAAAUCGAAUCUCAGCCAUCAGUUCAAUCUUCGAGUCUUGCAAUUGGGCCAAUGGUUCUAGGUCUUUUUGGAUUGAUUACGUUCCUUGUACUUGUUAUACUGGGUUUGCUGGUGUAUUUUAGGCGGCGUGGAUCACACAAGUUCCUGGAACAGAUGGGAUCCCACCGUCCGACUCAUCCACAAGAGUACAUUGACAUGGAGACCCUUCAGUUAACAGCCAACAGAGGUUCCGAAUUUUAUGAAGAUAUAUGCGACUACACCAAAAUCGCUUGGGAGGAUCUAAUGAUUGAUGCGAAAGUUAUCGGUAGAGGCAAUUUUGGAGAAGUUCGACUUGGACUUCUGAAGCAUGAAGGGAAGAAUAAGCAAGUCGCUAUAAAGACAUUAGCUGAGAAUGCCGUAAACAAAGCAAAAACAGACUUUUUGACAGAACUUAACAUAAUGGCGAUGAUUGGGGAUCACGAGAAUGUUAUCCAUCUUAUUGGAGCGUGUAUCAAUGAAGGUACUCUCUAUGUGGCCAUGGAGUAUGCCAAGCACGGAAAUCUUCUAACGUAUUUGAAGCUUAGUCGAGAAGAACAUUUAUAUUCGAACAGUUCGGCGAUGAGGUCAAAGGACGACCAUUUUAUGUCCUCCAUUAGUUCAGAUCAGCUUUUGAAAUUUUGCUGGGACAUUGCUAAAGGAAUGGAUCACCUGACUAGUCGAGGGGUUAUCCAUCGGGAUUUGGCAGCAAGGAACGUGUUACUUGAUCACAACUUGACAGCGAAAGUAUCAGACUUUGGUCUUUCUAGAGAUGAAAAUAUGUACGUCAUGACAACAACGGGACGAGUACCCGUGAAAUGGAUGGCUCCGGAAUCAAUUAUGUAUCAAACAUAUACAUCAAAAAGUGACGUGUAAGUAUGUUUUAUAAAUAAAAUGAGGCUUGUUAUUCCAAAACCAGGGUAAUGUCGAAUAGCAUA